AUGGUACUCCUAGGCAACUACAUCCUCAUGCAUGAGAUGGCAGUCCACGUCGAUGGCCGCAUCGAGUUCGUUCCGACAGACCCGCAAGUUCGCGCGACGAGAACUCACACCCCUAUGCACGAUCUCAUUCUCACCUUGGAAGAUCUUAGCCCGGACAAUCUCUCCGCAGACGUGCUCGAAGCAAGUGAGGACCUCUGGUGUAGCGAGGACAUGCCGAUCUUACCAGAGGCGCGGAAGCGAGCGACUCGAUCUCCACAAGCGACUCUCUCCAAAGGCGCUACGGUCGCUGGUACAGCAGGUUUUAGUAAUGACGCCGACAGGGGUCGAAGACAACGACAGGCUACCAUAGUGGGCAUCGGUCAUGAUGUGUCCAGGGGCAAUUUCCUGUUCGGCUUUCGGCCAAGGCUGAAGUGGAUCUCUACAAUCGAUAAUUUCCAGCGGCUCACAGGGCUGACGAUGCAGAAACCACGCCUGUUGUCUUGGCUGACUCCAAAAAAAGCCAUAAUUGCCACUGUCACGUUAGUGCUGUUGCAGCUGUCGUUUCUCCUUCUUCGCGAUCGUUCCAUUAAAUUACCAGGUGCCACAUCCGUCGAAUCUCUUGGCGGGCCCGUGUCUAACAGUCCAGUGUUCCAUAAUGGGUCGGCUCGGCAUGUCGCUCAACAACUUGCCAACCUUACAGAGGCAUACACAUCACAUGCAGUCAAUUCCAGCGUCGGCCUCGUCCUCGCGUCUCUUCGUAGCGAUGAUUUGACAUGGCUUCUCGACUAUUGUCACGAAAGAGUCAGUGGUAAUACACCCUUUAUCUACACCACUGAAAAGACUCCCGAACCCGGUCUUCUCGUUCCUUCAACUCUACGCGGUCGAGAGUCACCAGCCUACCUCUCCUAUGUGGUGGAUUUCUACGAUCGUCUCCCCGAUUACUCCGUCUUUGUGCACGCAUACCCCGAACAAUGGCACAACGAUCUCUUCGGUCCGCUCACCCACAACACCCUGAGAAACAUCCGCUUCGAGUCAGUCGACGCGCAUGGAUACGUCAACCUGCGAUGUCAACAGAACCCGGGUUGCCCGUCAGCUGUACACCCGCUCAAUCCCACACAAGCUGAUAUCGACAAUCAUGACAUUCGCGCAUACUUUUCCGAUGCGUAUCAGCAAAUAUUCAAUGUCUCUGUAGAUAAGGUGCCCGGAGAGAUCGGGAACGUGUGCUGCGCACAAUUUGCCGUCAGUCGAGACCGGAUUCGAGCACGACCCAAGGAGGAUUAUCAGCGGAUCUUGGAUUGGGCAGCGACGACGAAAUUGACCGAUGACUUUGGCAUUGGCUGGGUCCUGGAGAAGUUGUGGCAUAUAAUCUUCGGGAUGGAUGCAGUGCAUUGCCCUCGAUUUGAGCAGUGUCGCUGCGACACGUAUGGGUGGUGUGGACCUUUGCCUUCGGGGGAGAUGUUACAGGCAGUCACGAAGAGCGACCACUGA